AUGUCUGAACCCGUUAUUAUACAUUUAAGAGCAGAAACCAAGCCAUUAGAAGCAAGAGCUGCAUUAACCCCAACCACCACCAAGGAAUUAAUUGAUGCUGGUUUUAAGGUUUAUGUUGAAGAAGCACCACAAUCCACUUUUAAAUCCGAAGAAUACGAAGCUAUUGGUGCCACAAUUGUUCCUGAAGGUUCCUGGAAACAAGCUCCAAAGGAUAGAAUUAUUCUUGGUUUAAAAGAAUUACCAGAAAAUGAAACCUUCCCAUUGGUUCAUGAACAUAUCCAAUUUGCUCAUUGCUACAAGGAUCAAGCUGGGUGGAAGGAUGUUUUGGGAAGAUUCCCAGCCGGAAAUGGAACAUUAUAUGACUUGGAAUUCUUGGAAGAUGACAAUGGUAGAAGAGUUGCAGCCUUUGGAUUCUAUGCAGGUUUUGCUGGUGCGGCUAUUGGUGUCUUGGAUUGGGCUUUUAAACAAACUCAUAGUGAUGAUGAAAACUUACCUGGUGUUACUCCUUAUCCUAAUGAAGAUACUUUGAUUGCUGAUGUUAAGGAACAAUUGUCUGCUGCUUUGAAAAAGACCGGCGGUAAAUAUCCAACUGGUUUAGUGAUUGGUGCUUUAGGAAGAUGUGGUUCAGGUGCAAUUGAUUUCUUCAAAAAAGUUGGUAUUCCAGAUGAAAAUGUUAAGAAAUGGGAUAUGGCUGAAACCGCCCCAGGUGGUCCAUUUAAGGAAAUUGUUGAUAGUGAUAUCUUUGUUAAUUGUAUUUAUUUAUCAAAACCAAUUCCACCAUUUAUUGAUUUUGAAAGUUUGAAUGUCCCUGAUAGAAAGUUAAGAAUCAUUGUAGAUGUUUCUGCCGAUACUACUAAUCCACAUAAUCCAAUCCCAGUUUAUACCAUUGCCACAGUUUUUAAUGAUCCAACUGUCGUUGUUGAAACUACUAAAGGUCCAAAAUUGUCAGUUUGUUCUAUUGAUCAUUUACCAUCCUUAUUACCAAGGGAAGCUUCCGAAUUCUUCUCGAGGGAUUUAAUGCCAUCCCUUUUACAAUUACCAAACAGAAACACUUCUCCAGUAUGGGUUAGAGCCAAGCAAUUGUUUGACAAACAUGUUGCCAGAUUAGGUUGA